GUCGGCUUCAUUGACAGUUACGACAUUAUCGACUUUAGAUGACAGAAAUGGAGGAAACGGCGCGUUCCAUACGCGCUCUGGAGGCGUCCGUGAAACAAGCUGUCAAGUCGACCUCUACCUGCACUAGCGACACCACCUCGCUGCUCAAAAAGCUCCUCUCCCCAAACUCCGCUCCAAGCACCCAUUACCACGAUGAACAACCCAAGAAUGUCAAGUCAACCAGGCGGCCAAAAGGCUCAACAGUGCGCAAGGUUUCCAAGCCAUAUCAGUUAAAAACUGCUGCAAAAUAUGCUCCAUCCCAAACAUUCGAUGGAACAGACAGUGGAUUGCUCUCGCAGAGAGAGAAGCUUGUAUUAGCCACGGAUGUGUUUAAUUCCGCGUCAAAGGCACUCUCCGAUUAUAUGAAACUCUCCUCAAACAAGCAAGCCUCUAGGGAGUCUGUGAAAAGUAGACUUGACACUCCGCAAAAGAUGCUGGCUCCUAGACGGCCCCUGCAAUCGGUCUCGCCGAAUUCGACCGCAUGCUCGCCCGUAAAGACGAAAGGCAUGGACAUGAGUAGUCCGAAAAAGAAUAUACAAAGUUGCGGGGUUGUGGAAGUUGCAGACUGUGCCAGAUUAGCGUUGUCAUGUCUUCGAGACCUGAAGUCUCCUCCCGUAGCGGAGACGCAGCAAUUCAAUAGCCAGCUAGAGCAAGGGUUUUGUGUUCUGAUCGGGAAGCUGCUUGCUGUUGGUUUGAACGAACCUGCAAUAAACGAACUGAGAAAGCUGAAGAGGAGAUUAAAGGGAUAUAUACUAAACGAAACACCAGAACGGAACUUCGAGCGCCUGAAGAAGCCCGCCAAUGCCCGCCAGCGGGACGAACCAUCAAAGGAAACUCUAGCAGACCUCAUCCAAAUCGAUAAGGUCCCUGCUGAUGACCAACUCUUAAACCUAGUCAUCUCUUUUCAGGCCCAUGCUCUAAAGGCCAUUACAACCGAAAAAAAAGUUCUCAUCGUGAAUAAGCUCUCAGACCUGCUUUUGUUGUCAAACCCAACAAGCCCGGCUAGCAUAAUUCUUAUAGCGCGGAACAAAGGUGUUCUAGCUGACAACAAGGCGGCUCAACUGUUACAGUUGCUUUCGUACACUAUUCUUUCCCUUGCUUCCCCGUCGCCAAAUGCUGAAGAUGGAAAAAGUUCCUCAGCAAAAUCUCACCCCAAAUAUAUCGUUACCUUGAAUCUCCAAUUACUAGCAUUGGAAAUACGGUGUAUAUGGUGGAAGAUCUGUGGACACAAGUGCAAUAUGGAGAAAGAAUUCUGGCACCCGUUAGCUCGUUAUCUCACGACAUUCGCCAGACGAUGCACGGUCAUAACUAAGGGCGAUUUUGAGUCAGUGAAGCAGGCUUUCCGGCGCCUAGAGUCAACGGUAAUGGCACAAGGAUUUACUUUUUUGCCUUCUACCGACCAGGUUGGUUCUGUAUCAAUGGUUAUGAAGGUACUCGGCCAAUUAGCACAGAGUGCUGACUGCAAACUCGAUGCGCUGAAAUUUUUCGAUGACUGUAUUUCGUGUCUGUCUCCUGACCAACCACUCCUCCUUGGUAUUUGCCAUUGCAAAAUCUCUCUUUUACGGUUGGAGACACUGCGAAUUCCAAAGAUUGGCCGCGCAUCUAAAACUGCCUCAGCGGUAUCGGAAGCGUUGAAAUGUUUAGCAGCUCCGCUGAGGGGAAAUCAAUCCGAUCUCGAGGAGUUAGUGAUAGAAUCAGCUAAACUCAAGAAAGCAGCGAUGGCUUUUCUGAAUACACUGGGCGACGCGGUCCUAGACGAAAAUGAAGGACCCUCGGAGUACGGGCCUCUAGCGCUUUACAUUAUUGACUAUCUCAACAACUUUGUGAGGUUCUUGACUCGCUACCUUGGACAAGCAGCUCCAACCAACGUCAAUUCCGAUGACAAUCUUAAUGGUCUGUUUCAUCAACGGCUUCUAAAAUGCAAAAAUAUUGUACUUGCAGCCGUCGAUUCUGUUGUUGCCGUUGGAAAAAUAUCAGUUGUUGCCAAGCGACCGGCAUGGGCAGAUAUCCAGCCUCUUCUCUCUGAUUGUUUCACUCUGCUGAAACAUUUAAGUUCUGUGGAGAGUAUCGAGAACGAAACAAAAUCGACUGGUUCAAUAUCAGCUAGUUUCGUUAAGCUAUCAAACCUGUACUGGUCCCGCUAUGUCAAACAAAAGGAACUUGGGGUAUCGUCAUCUGAUCUCAUCCCACUACUGGAGCGCUCAACGAGCCUUCUGCGGACAUGUCCACCGGAAAACACAGCUGGAUUCGUGGCUAUAAAAUACGAACGCCUAGCGACCCUAUACUCGGAUGUUUCCCAAUUUCAAAAGUCUCAAGGGGCCUACCGGUUUGCUAUCCAGGCUCAUAUAGAUGGUGGCAUUUUAAAAUGUGCAACUCAGAAUGCUGCGACUCAACCGCCAUCUUACAUCAUUAAAGACCCUUCAUUUCCCUUAGGCCGCGUUUUGGCCAGCUACGCUCGAUUUUACUGGAAACACGGCUAUGAUCCUAGCGAAGUAGUUUUUGACGACGAGAAUCUCGAGCCCGAAGAGAGAGGAAUCUUACUUGAAUGUCAAGCUAUGGCUUUGUUAGAGACAUCUUCCAGCGGGGAACUAGAUUCGAAGAUAUCGCUGUUAUCCUUCCUAGUUUCAGCUUUACUUGAACAAUAUCCACAAAAAAUCUAUCCAAUACGGAGAUUACGAGUAAUCCUUCACGCUAUCCGCCUCUGUCUACAUGUUCCUAAUCACUUGGGUUCCGAACUUCUUGAGAAAAUCUUAGUAGAGGCAAACUUAUUUUUAUCUCGUGAACUCGACAUGGGGAAAGAUUCCGGCCUUGUCCAGUUUAAAGAAUCCAUGCUGGCCUCUCUCCGCCUAACCCUGGGAUUCUUGAAGGGACCCUUGCCUACCGAAAGCCUACGGGAAAUAAUUUACUCCUUUUCCGCAAUUGCACGAAGUUGCCCGACAUGGGAGUCCGUGCUUGCAAAAGUCCAUGACCCGGAAGCUUUGAUCGCACAAUUAAAGGUGCUGAUCAACUAUGCGGAAGUGCUUGGAUCGUGGAAACUUAGGAUAUUGGCCCUAUCGACACUUCGACAUCUUCUAGAGAUCCAGGAACCAAAGGAUUUUUCAGAGAUAGUAUCUUGCUUAUCCCACCUUGGCCUUCAGUAUAGUCGCCUUGGAUAUCUUGACAUGGCAGGGUCUAUGUUUGGGCGCGGAGAGGACCUACUCCGAAACAAUGUCUCGCCUAUGGUGUUAGUUUCUUGGAAUAUUAGUCUCGCGGAAUAUCUGACCGAUAUAGGAAGCAUUGAUCAGGCAAUUGAGACUUUAUCCUGUGCUAAGGUGAUAUUUGAACAAAACACCGGCCAUGCGUUGAAUUCGAGCUUCCAGUCUAGGCUGACUUGGGAAAGACUAGUAGCUGAAGCUGCUUAUGUUUCUUCUCGAAUAUAUUUCGAACUUGGAUCUCUCAACCAUGCUAUGUUUUUUUCCAAAUGUGUUGUUAAACUAAACAAUAGAAUAUGGGCAAAAUUAGACAGAGUGUCAGAUAUGAAGCGAUGCAAAGCUUUUGAAAUUUCCGACUCGGACAUCGAUGUCCUCUCCAAUAAGGUCAAAGCGAUCAGUUUAUCAUCAGAGAACGACUGCGUACGGGAUGGCUAUCGAGAAGGCUCUUUGUAUUGGCCGCUUUUCACCUCGCAUUAUAUUGGCCUUGUCAACCUCUCCAAGCUUUCCGCGCACAAUGGUCUUUUCCAGGACUGUGUAUAUUUCGGGGAGCAAGCACUAAAAAUCUGUAAGGCCAUCGGUGCAACGUCCUCGGCUUCGUCGAUCCAGGCGGAACUGGGGAAUGCCUGGCUCCGCGGCGGUCACAUUGAGAAAGGCCAGGAGCUGCUGGAGAUCGUCUCGAGAAUAUCCAAUUCGCUCGAUCGGAGUCUAGAUAUUGUGUCGCUUCAUAUGACUUUUUCCCUUCUUUAUCGACUCCAAGGAAACCCGGAGGAGAGGACUAAAUCGCUUCAGCUCGCUCAUCGAACUCUCCUAGACAUUUCGGCACAUCCUCUGGUUGAACCAACAGAUACUCUAAUCUCGGAGCCUGAUCUUGAAGUAAAACUGAGCCAGUUGACCAUCAAAGCCAAAGCGCAGAGUAGAAAGGGCCCCACCCUUCGUCAAACAAGGGCGAGACGAGCGAAAACGGCCGGCAACACGCCUCCUCUCCCCAAAGUUCCAACUAGUUCGACCACCGGAACCUCACUUUCACCACGAUCGUUUUUACGGUUCCAAGUUGACCUGCUACAUCAGCAGGUAGUGGAUUUAUUAUCGACCCAGGAUUUUCCAGAAGCCUCCACUCUUCUUGACCAAGCAGAGCAGCUUCCGAAAUGCAAAACUCGCGAGACAUCUUACCUGAUAACCAAGGCGCAGCACCUCCUCUCCAAUUGGAUUCAACGGCUCAGUUCCCAUUCUGUUUACUGUGUUCUACCAGAGUCUACAAUUUCCCUGCCAUCAAUAUAUCUAGCAGAGAAGGUCAAGGAAGACAAGCCAUCUUCCACAGGUUCUCGCAGCACAAAAAGGCAGGCUCAGGCAACCAGAACAAGAGCUGCGACUUCGACUACGAAAAGCCAUUCUCGGGCUUGCCCGAAAGACUUUGCUGACAUGGCAUCUAUAGCAAGUAGCUUACUGCCUGCUAUGUCUUCUUCCGCGCCUAUUUACGGUUCAACCCGCGAUAACCACAACGUUUCAUCCAUUUCAGGCCAAAUAUGUAUGGUAUCAAAUGCGACAUGCUCCAAACUGGAAGGAUUUUCCGACCCGUUACAGGCAGCAGUUACCAUAGAAAACGGACGAAACUUGGCCUUCCUAAGAGAGAAUUCUUGCAUCACAAUUGACAAAGAGUUGUGUGGCCCAGUUGAACCUUUGAAAUGGCCAGAUGUACCCAGCAAUUUCGCGAAAUCGAAUGAACUCAAAUGCACCGAUUUUAUGCUAGAUUAUGUCGAUAUUUUACCAGAUACCUGGAAUGUCCUUUCUUUAACCGUAAGCGACGAUCAUAACGAGUUCAUCAUAUCCAAGUUACGGUCUGGAAAACCACCAUUUUUACUACGUCUUCCAUUGAAGAGAGGAAACUCGGAGGACAUGGACGAGGAUGAAUUCGACUUUGGAGAGGGGAAAAGGGAGCUACUGGAAAUCAUUCGGCUGGCCAACGAGAGUGCGCACGACGCCCGAGCUCGUGUCGGUAAGAUUGCAAAGAAGGAAUGGUGGGCUACUCGCCAAUCGCUAGAUAAUCGCCUUAAAGACCUCCUUGGUAAUAUUGAAACUGUUUGGUUUGGCGGUUUUCGUGGCAUAUUCUCACAGUGUCCACGGAAUACGCCUCUUCUCUCGCAGUUCAUCGAAAAUUUUGGCAAAAUCCUCGACAAGCAUCUUCCGUCAAGAAGACAACGCGGAAGAGGCCGAGCGUCUAAACCAAAUUUCCAUUGGGAUGUUAUGGAAUUGUUCGUCAACAUUGGGAGUAUUGACGAGAGGUCAAACCCGGAAGACCUAGUUAUGGACCUUUUGUAUUUUGUUGUCGACAUACUCCAGUUCCAGGGGGAAAGAAAUGCAUAUGACGAAAUCGAUUUCGAUAUGAUGGUCAUUGACACACUCGAUGCGAUACGCAGAUACAAGGAGCUUGAGAAAAGGGAGCUGGUAUCCACUCAACCAGGCCAUACAAUACUCAUCCUUGACAAAGAGCUUCACUCGUUCCCAUGGGAAUCUCUCGACUGUUUACGUGAGUCCUCUGUCUCUCGGAUGCCGUCUUUGCAUCACUUGAAAGAGACACUGUUAAAACUCCAAGCCAACAAUGAUCUUGGAGAACGAUUCGAUGGAUUCCACAUUGAUCGAAAACUUGGCUCAUAUAUUCUCAACCCCGGAGGGGACCUUAAAUCGACACAAAUUAUGUUUGAACAUUCGUUGUUAAGCUUGGACGGAUGGAGCGGUAUCGCCAACCGAGAACCAACUGAAGAUGAAUUCAAGCAAUACCUAGAAAGCAAAGAUCUACUACUCUACUUUGGUCAUGGGAGCGGGGCCCAAUAUAUUCGGGGAAGGACCAUUAAGCGCCUAAAUCGCUGUGCCGUAACCUUCCUAAUGGGAUGCAGCAGUGGUUCACUGACCGAAGCAGGCGAAUUCGAGCCAUAUGGGACACCGAUCAAUUACAUGCAUGCGGGAACACCCGCUCUUGUAGCCACGCUUUGGGAUGUGACCGAUAAGGACAUUGACCGCUUUGCACAUUCCACAUUCGAGCAAUGGGGUCUUAUGGACGAGGCACCAGUUGAGAGCAACCAAUCAGGCAGAACUAAAGGGCCAACAACUACGAAACCCCAUCUACCCAGUCCAAUAAAACAGCACCAAGGGGGUGGCGCGGUAGGGCUUGAUACUGCAGUUGCUAAGUCCCGAAGUGCUUGCAUUCUGAAAUACUUAAAUGGAGCAGCGCCAGUGGUGUACGGUGUUCCGGUGUUUUUGAAGUAAAGGAGUUUGAUUUGGUUUUUCUUGUUGUUCAUGGAGUUAUCGCAUUUUCGUUCUCUUCUUUUUUUCUUAUUUUCAACUUAACCUUUAUUGCCUAUAUAUUUACUGCAAACUUAUUGAUAGACCGGGUGCGGCUUGGGUAGGGCACUGGAGCAUAGCGAGUGUUUUUGUUUUAUUGGAUUUAAGAUAGAUUAUUCUUUUUCGUACAAGUUAUUGUUAAAUUUGGGUCCUUCUUCUUAUAUUUCUAUUCCUGUGUAGCUCUUGUGAACAGUUACUCCAUUUUUUUUGUUGCUACCGGCGAUUUUUCCUUUUUCCUUUUUCGUUUCUUUUUUAGUUUUGUACUCCGUAGUAUGAAAUCAAAAUAUUGUUCCCCUCCUCCCCGCA